UGGGGCAACACCAGCUCCCUGUCUUGUAGCUGGGGCUUCAGAGAACUGCGCCGAUGUGAGAUCCAACACAAGGGGACAUGUCUGGCGCUCAGGGACUUCUCAACAGCGUCUUCUCCUGCUCCUCUCCUGCCUCCAAAGCCAUGACCAAACGGAGGCUCCGCCAGACCCGCAGCCUCGACCCCGCGAUUAUAAGACACUGUGGCACCGGCACGGAGGGCGCGGGUGGAGCACCGGUCUCCAGGGCGGCGCCUGAGGACGCAGGUGCGUCUCCGGGGAAACCCACUUUACGCACGAUGAUUCCGACGCUGAGGGAGCCGAUAACCCCGUCCCUCUCUUCCCCGUCCAUCCCCCUGGACGUCUCCCCUUCGUCCAACUUCCACUUUGACUAUGAAACGGUAAAGCGGGCCAAAAGGAAUACCGCCGGGGAUUUACCGUACCUGGUGCGGGGACCCGGUGCCGCGCCGGGCGGGAGCACGGGCGCGCUGUUCUCCCCGCGGAGGUGGCUCCAGAGGAAGGUGCAGCCGACCAGCUCUCACGCGUACGUGGUGUGGAAAUCAGAGGGAGAUUACACCUGGAGCAGCCUGUCGGGGCGGAGCGUGCGCUUGAUGCCGGUUUCCAUCCAGAGCUUGUCAGAGCUGGAGAGGACGAGGCUGCAGGAAGUGGCGUACACCCGUUUGCACCAGGACUAUGACCUGGGAUGUCAGAUCACCAUGCCGAAAGAUGGACAGAAGAGGAAAAAGUCCCUGAGGAGGAAGUUGGACUCGCUAGCGAAAGAGAAGAGUAAAGACAAAGAAAGCAUACCCCAGGCUUUCAGCAUACCGCUCUCGCAGGUCAUCGCCAAUGACAGAACCCACCGGCAGCGUCAGGAUGGUUAUCGCCAGGACCCCCCACAGCGUGAGGAGCACAAGGACUCCUCCGACCUGGUCUCAUCCAUUUUACAGUUUGCCACCAAGCGGCCAUCCAAUAGGGAGCUAUCAAGCAGUAACUCCUCACUGAGCUCUACAUCAGAGACAGCCAAUGAGUCCACGUCACCCAACACCCCGGAAGUUGCACCACGAGCACGCAGGAGGGGAGCCAUGUCGGUGGACUCCAUCACCGACCUGGACGACAACCAGUCGCGCCUGCUGGAAGCCUUGCAGCUCUCUCUGCCCACAGAGAUGCAGAGUAAGAAGGAGAAGCACCGGGACAAGAGGCUGAGCCUUAAUCCCAUCUACCGCCAGGUGCCCCGGGUGGUCGACAGCUGCUGUCAGCACAUUGAGAAAUAUGGUUUGCAGACGGUGGGGAUCUUUCGAGUGGGCAGCUCCAAGAAAAGAGUUCGACAGCUGCGGGAGGAGUUUGACCGUGGUAUUGACGUCCAGCUGGAUGAGGAGCACAGCGUUCACGAUGUGGCUGCUCUGCUGAAGGAGUUCCUCAGGGACAUGCCCGACCCUCUCCUCACCAAGGAGCUCUACACGGCCUUCAUCAACACCACGUUGUUGGACCCGGAUGACCAGCAGCAUGUCGCUCAGCUACUGGUCUACCUGCUCCCAGCAUGCAACAGUGACACGUUCCAUCGCCUGAUUGACUUUCUGUCGACUGUGGCGGCUCACGCCCACGACCGGCAGGACAAAGAUGCUCAGGAGAUCACAGGCAACAAGAUGACGUCUCUGAACCUGGCCACCAUCUUUGGCCCGAACCUGCUCCACAAGCAGAAGAACUCAGACAAGGAGUUCAGCGUCCAGAGCUCGGCCCGAGCGGAGGAGAGCACGGCCGUCAUCGCUGUGCUGCAGAGGAUGAUCGCCAGCUACCACACCCUCUUCAUGGUGCCUCCAGAUCUGCAAAACGAGGUACUGAUGAGUCUAUUGGAGACAGAUCCAGACGUGGUGGACUACCUUUUGAGAAGAAAAGCAUCACAGAGUCCCGAUCUGUUGCCGUCGGAGGAGCCCUUCACCCUGAGCGAGCGCCGCUCCUCCAGCGACUCCAACAAGGCGUACAGCGGGGAGGUGUCCCCUUACGACAACAACUCCCCGGUCCUGAGCGAGCGGAGGGGAGAACCGGGGAGCCCGGGCAGCGACAAGCACUUCCGUGUCCCAGAGCAGUACACGGUGGUGGGGCAGGUGGCUGGAUGGAGCAGGGAGCCGGGAGCACAUGACCCUUGGGCCACCAAAGACACUAUAUCGGAGGAGGUGGUUAACAUUUGGGGGACGUGGCACAGCACUCUGAAGCCAACACUCAAGGACCAGUCGUUCACAGGUUCCCACGGCAACAUGUCGGAGGGAAGCUCCCGCAGCUCACAGGAAGGUCUCGACGGACUCCAUGGCGAUGGCAGGCAUCAGGCCUCGGUACAGCGGACUCUGAUGGCGCCCGGCAUCACAGAGUGCCGACCCCACCCUCCGGUCACCAGAGUGUGCAGCAGCCCUCACAACGAGACGGGGCGACCACGCCUGCAGCUCAACAUCACCCCCCCGCGGGCGAGUGGACUCAAAAUUAACCUCGCCUCCAAACUUCAAGACAGGGCGAACACUGGCGACAGCGGCCCGGCCGUGCUUAACGACGGCCGCUCUCCGCCCGCCUAUAAAGCCCACAACCAACUGGCUGGUUCUCAAAGCUCGCCUCUGCUCGCCGCCGCUCAGCGCCCCCCCCUUCAGCACGGGAGGUCGAUCGCGGCGCCGAGCAACGCGGCGUCGCCGACCGAGGCCCAGAUGGUGCCACAGAGCCCGGAGUGGCAGGACUGGCAGAGGGACCGGUGGCAGAUCUGGCAACUGCUGUCCUCAGACAAUGCUGACACACUGCCUGAAACGCUUGUGUGAUCGCCGGCCAUGAGGUCACCAACCGGUGGCGUCAUCCCACCCCUCACUCCAUCCAUCCACACAUGGAUUCCAUCCUUCAUGAACCGUCUGUGCUUCUCCUGCAUCUUGGCGCCAUGGCGUUGUUGUUUACGUGUGCAGCUGCUGCCUUAUACAGACUUGUACAUUUGAAAGCCACUUGUAUUUCUUGUUUCGUGUGGAUGUUGAAUCGUUGCUCCCGUUGCCCACGUGUCUGUUUUGUCCAUAAUGACUAAUGACGUGGGAGCAUUGUAACGUGCCCAUCAGAAAUACCUCAACAAAAAAACAAACUUCUCCUUCACACCUCUUCAGAAUGUCACAUUCGUCCACAUCUGCUUCUCUGACAACGUUCAGUCUUCAUAUCUCAAUUCAGAACGAUAGGAGGCGUUUUCUGAUUUCAUAAUUUUGACAUUUUGUUUCAUUCUCACAAUAAGAUCAAAAACGUAUUGACAAUUGCUGCUAAAUGUAGACGUUUGUAGUUCAGCCACAUCAGUGUCUAAAGAGAUCAAAUGUUGAAUUGUGUUUCCUGUGUCGCAGAUUGUUUGUGUAUAACCAAACUGCCGACGGACACUUAUACGACAUCUAUGUAAAUUGUCAUGUAAAGUAUACAAUUUGUAAAUCUACCUUGACGUAAGUUGGCCCUUUAACAGUCAGUCUAAAUGUUGGUGUUUUACUCAGACUGCUGUUUCUGUCUUUAAUUAACACUGAAUGUAAAACGCUUCACUUGUGUCAAAAUGCUUGGACCUAAUUAUAAAGCACUCGGCUGUAAGUUUGCUUAUGUGCUUCUGCCACCUGCUGCACGGGAGGAACAAUGCACACACUUAUUUCGAGAUGCUCAAACACAACACAACAGUAAUAUGUGACUGACACUGACUGAUCCGUCUUGUUAUACCUCUAAUGUUCGACUGAAUAUUAAACCGGGUGUGGACGUAUCACCUGAAUAACAUAAAAAAAUCGUAAAAAUAUCUAAUCCAGCUGUUGUACUGACUGAUUAUAACAAAAUAUCCAAAUCAACCCACAUCAAUCUGUCUAAAUCCUCUCAGAUGUCACAGUUUAGUGGGUAUUUGCUGGCGAAUAUUUCACAUGUUUUCAAGCUUUAUUUGCUCACAUGAAGCAAUGUCAGCCUUAAACCUGGAGACGAUGUAUUCAAUUUCACCUUCUCUAGUGUUUUUUCCGCAUUUGUUCUCUCCAUCUCAAGGAGACAGUGGAAGAAAAGAGUCUAACCAAGUGGAACGAUUAUUUUGGAAGGGGUUGUGGCGCCAUCUUAUGACCGGCCACUUGAGACAGCGUGCGUCCCACAGUUCAGCGUUUCCACGGCGUCCGUCCGCACUCGAUUUAGAACCAGAGCUUGUGAUCAUAAGCACCUUUGUGAAAAUGUAAAAAAUCUGCGUGAGGAAAAAUAAAUGUGCCAUAAGUCUCACUCUUAACCGUUUCCCCAUGCAUCCCUCCAGGUUCAUUUUGUGAAUUUGUAUUACCUUGUUUCUGUUGAGUGUUGUAAUAUAUAAAUACAAUAUAACGCUUUUAUAUCAAAAAGGAAAAAGAAAUAAAAAAUAACCAAUAAUCCGAAAGGUCCUAUCUCUGUCUCCAAAACCAGACCAUGUUUGACACCAAACUUAGUGUUAUGAUGUUUUUUUCUUUUUGAUAUAUUUGGUGGGGUCUACUGGGUCCAAGUUGUAAUGGAAUAUCUGGUAAUUGCUUUUGUACUGUGUGUCAUCAUCAAUAUGCUACUAUGGAAUUAAAUAUGGUAAAGUGUA